AUGUCGCCAUCCAACCCCAUUAUUCCUGGCUUUUCGCCUGACCCUUCCAUCGUCAAGGUUGACGAGUGGUAUUUUCUCGUGAAUUCCACAUUUCAUAUGUUUCCUGGAAUUCCGGUAUACGCUUCUAAGAAUCUCUUGUCGUGGAAGCAAAUCGGAAAUGUCAUUUCGAGACCAGGACAAAUCAGUUUAGCCAAGUCGCCCACGGAAGUGAAUCCCCUCCCUGGCAUUGGUGAGGUAAUGCUCGCGACUGGCGGACUCUUUGCACCAACGAUUCGAUAUCGUGAUGGCACCUUUUACGUCGUUUGUACAAACGUCGUGCGAACCCUCGGAGAAGCAGAUGUUUUGGAAAAUUUCAUUUCGUCAACCAAGGACAUCUGGUCGGGCCAAUGGAGUGAUCUCGUCAGAUUCGAAUUUGACGGCAUUGAUCCUAGCAUUCUCUUCGAUGAUGAUGGAAAAACCUAUAUCCAGGGAUCUAAAUCUCCAGGCCCAAUGACCAAGAUCGCCCAAGUCGAAGUCGAUCUCGAAACAGGGCGUGCGGUCUCAGAGGAGAAGAUCCUAUGGGAAGGAACUGGUGGCGUAUACCCCGAAGGACCGCACAUCUACAAGCGCAACGGAUGGUACUGUUUGAUGAUUUCUGAAGGCGGAACACACGAAGACCACAUGAUCACCAUGGCCAGAUCUCGCCACGUCUGGGGACCUUAUGAACCGUGCCCUAACAACCCAAUUUUGGUUCCCGCUAGCAGCGACAUGUACAUCCGCCAUACGGGACAUUGCGAUGUCUUUGAGGAUGAGAAUGGCCAGUGGUGGGGGGUUUGUCUCGGUGUUCGUCGGGAUAAGGAAGGACGAUACAAUAUGGGUCGAGAGUCUCAUCUUACCACUGCAAAGUGGACUGAUGAUGACUGGCUUCGCCUUGACUCGGUUCAAGCACAGGUUGAUACUUCAAGGCUUGAUAAGGCUGAUGCAACCCAGGCUCUCACGGCUGUAGAAGGUGUCGAUUACCUCUAUAUCCGAGACGCGCAUUUGAACAACUACAAUAUUAGCGGGUCCAGCAUUAGUCUGACUGCUUCUGACAUUGACCUCUCUCAUACUCACCAGUCACCUACCUUUGUAGGUAAACGCCAAAGAGUGCUCCAAGGCCAAAGCGUGGCUACGUUGAAAAUCGAUCCGUCGAGUGCGAUCAAAGCAGGAAUUGCAUCAUAUAAGGAUGAACACCGCUACGUCCGAAUCUUUUAUUCCCCUUCAGACAAGGCGAUAAAAUACGAGGCUAUCAACAACGCCAAGCAGAUCAAAAAGACUUCCACCCACUCUGUCGGUCAAGAUAUAGAGAGUCUGCGCUUCCGUAUCGAGUACACAGAGAACGAAUAUCGCUUGUCUUAUGCGCCCGACGGCGGAGAUUGGCACUCUGUUGCGACAUUGGAUUUGAUCGAUAUGACUGGCCCCGAUUUUGUAGGCCCCGUGAUCGGCGUGUUUGCUCUGGGCGAGGGAGGGAACGUGGAAUUAACCGAUUUUAGUGUGGAAUAG